AUGGCCCUCGAAAUUGACCUAGGAACGACCGCUCUCAAUUCCUUAGGGUCGAACCUGAACCUCACCCAAUGUGCUACAGCUUUGAUUCUCCCUCCCAACGACGCUUCGGACUUGAUAGACACUACAGAGUUAAAGGAACAAUUCGAAAAGGGAGAAUUAUGGGUGGACCAGGCCCCAGAGCUCAAAGUCCAUAUCUUUGUCGGUGUAGGGCCUGAUCUUGCCCGCCCUGCCUCGACGUUCGUCUCGCAAAUUGGGGAGAUUUUCUGUCAUUCAAAGCUUUGGCUGGAUUUAGGUCUCAACGUUCUCUUCAAAAGCUGCGAUCAUGGCGAUAACUCGACGUUUCAGCUAUAUUUUGGACUGCGCAGAACAACAAAACGCCUGGCCACAAAAGCGUCACGGAUACCAGCUAAGUUGCGAAGCACGCAUGAUGCCAUUCCUCCCGACGGAAUCCCGAUUGCUCGAUUGUCUACGAUCUACAUUUCCUUGGAAUUCACUCGGUGCAACGAAAGGGUACAGCGGGAUAUAACUGGUUCCUCAGUUUCUGGGGGCUCAUUUACAGAAUUAUUGGAGGCCGAUAUUCCACUGGAAAGAUUCAGGAAUGACAAGACUUGUGCUUUGAUAUUCGCAAAAACGUUUCAAGGGCUGGAGGAAUUUUUCCAACUUCCUUUGCCCUCUCCAGAGCGUUGUCCACAGCUGCCAGAGAGUCCAAACAUCGACUCUGAAAAGGGAUUCCAUACGUUAUUCGACGUUGGUUUUCGCAAUCUCAUAGCCGACAAUCAACGAGCAAACAAGGGGACCAAGAAAUCUAAAAGCGAAGAUUUCAAGUCCCUCUCAACAAUUUCUCCUGCCGUCUUUAGCCUUGGAUACCUCGAGGCCAUGAACCAACGAUCGCAAUUAAUAUCAUCCAUCGCGAGCUCCAUCGCGUCUAUACUCGAGAUUUCCAAGAACCCCAAACUGCGGGAAAAGCGAAACAACCUGAAAUCGUCACGCAAUCCUCAUUCUCAGACCCAAUUAGACCCGUCUACCGCAGGAGACACAUCUACCGUGAGGACAGCACUAAAGCAGUCCCUCUGGCGAAUCGCCCAGAAACAACUCUAUAAGCCCGGAGCUUCGAAGAACCUGAGUCCGCUGGAAUACGCGUCUUCAGAUAAACGCUACCCGACACCAGAAUACACUACCCUCUUAGACAACGAAGACGACGACACAGACUCCAACGACUCGGACUACUACCUUGGAACAGAUAUAGGCGAGCUCGAAUUUGAAUCCCUAGAAGAAUCACAGGAGCGAAAUACAAAUGACGAGGAAGAAUCAAUCCUUUCCAUCAAAGAGGAUUACACAAACCUAUCGAUCGACAUGCUCGGCAGUACGAUCGACGAGAGCGAGAAAAUGGACUUUGAUGAACCAAAAUUAGAGGAUAUACAACGCAUAGACCAACAUGUUGGAUUCUAUGUACCACCGCCAGCCUACUCCAAUCAGGGUUUUCAGAGCGACAGCGAAAUGCUUACGUCGGAUUGUAUCGAAGAAGAUAUGGUUUUGACGAGACAGAGCUCUCCCCCGACUGCCGCAUCUACCAGUUUGAACAAGAUUGCUGCCGAGGAUUUCGAUGAUAUGCUCUGUUAG